UUUAUAUAUAUAAAAGAAGAAUUAGGGUUUCACAUAAUCCCUUUUAGAAGAUCAGAGCCGACCUUUCCUCUCCUCCGUUUUCCGUCAAAGCGAAACCCUAGAAGAGGAAUGGCCAAGUCGAAGAAUCACACCGCUCACAACCAGUCUUACAAGGCUCACAAGAAUGGAAUCAAGAAGCCCAAGAGGCAUCGCCACACCUCCACCAAAGGGAUGGACCCGAAGUUUCUGAGGAACCAGAGGUACGCGCGUAAGCAUAACAAGAAGAGCAAUGAGGCAACAACAGAGGAAGAAUAGUCGUAUGGAAAUGAAGCUAUUUGGAAUCUUCUUCAGGGUUUUUAAUUUUGGAUUCAAUCGUUGGUGUUUUCUGUUUUGUUAAUUUCUCGAAUCUUUAGUAGUAUAGUCCCUUGUCGUUACUGUCAUGGGUUUUCCUCAUUGACUUUCCUGAAUUGUUACUGAUGUUUUUCAAGGAUCAUGUGUCCGACUGAGUUUAUUAGAAUCAAGCUUUGCUUUUGAAUCAUUUCUGUUU